UUAACUUUCAGCCAUAUAGUAUGUACGGUGUGUGUUAGUCAACUGACUCACUCGUUAUAAAGCGGCAAGAUCAAGAGUCCCAUUUCACUUGCGAUUAAUUGUGUUUAUUGGGAAUAAAACGUUAAAUUUUACAACACUGAAAACUGCAGCGAAAUGUGUGUUUGAUUUGAGAACAUUUGUUUUAUUAUCCGGGUUUUAUCGUUGACAAUGUGAAUGAUGUUAACUGAUUUCGUUUAAUUAAUUAGAACUAAUUUGUGCAGUUACCGGAAUUAUUGUUUGUAGAAAAUAAGAGUGAUUGUGCUCGUAUAAAUGAACUAAAAACUCUGUGACUACAGCCACUUGUUGUCGUGAAAACAGAACUGAACUAUACGUGAAGAAACACCGUCAGCGUAAACAUCGCACAUAAUGGAUUCACUCAUUUUUACCGACCAAAACGGAAACAUAACAAAUGGAAAGAAAAAAAUCGAAAGCAUCGCAAACGGCGGCGGUGCUGGUACGAAAGAGAUUCUUUGCGAUGGAUACUUCUACGAUGUUACUAAUUUCAUAAGUAGACAUCCGGGUGGUAGUGUCAUCAAGUACUAUACAGAGCGGGGCGAGGAUGCUACUCAUGCGAUACAGCAAUUUCAUCAGCGAUCGGCUGAACGAGUCAGAAUAAUGAUGAAAGCAUUCAAGAGACGACCCGCUUCAGAUAGUGAACUCGGAUUAGAUGAGGCUGUGCUAAAAAAGAACCGUGCACUGUCGGAAGAUUUUACCAAACUGUACUUAGAGCUAGAGGAAGAAGGAAUGUUCGAACCUUCGUACAUACAUAACAUUUUGCGGUUCGCUGAGUUGCUUGUUAUGGCAGCUGCAGGAUUUGCUCUGAUUCAAUGCCAAAGUUAUUUUGCCAAAUUUAUUGGGAGCGUUUUAAUUGGUUUGGUGCAGGGCCGAAGCGGCUGGAUGCAACAUGAAAGUGGCCAUCUGUCUCUCAGUGGAAAUCCUAAACUGGAUCGCAUAUUUCAUGCAAUAUUUUUCGGCUUAGGACUCGGUCUGUCUUCAUCGUGGUGGGCUAAUCAACAUAAUCGACAUCAUGCCAUGCCACAGCGAUUGCAACAUGACGUUGACUUAAACACGCUGCCACUUUUAGCUUAUAACGCUAAGGUUGUAAAAGAUUCUAAGGAUGGCAAACGGUGGUGGAUUCAAUAUCAGAGUUAUCUAUUCGUGCUGAUCGAUACACUGCUAGUGGGAAUAGUAUGGUGUGUAUACAUUCAUCCCAAAUAUGUCUUUAAGCACAAAUGCUAUUUCCAACUGGCGAACAUGUUCGCACACUGGUGGCUCAUUUCGCAUCUUGGUUUCUGGCCAGGACUGUUAUCUUCGUGGGUACUGUCCGUGUAUUUGUUCCUCAACUUCACGUUAAGCCACACUCACCUGCCAGUGACAAACGAACCGAGUCAUUGGGUGGAAUACUCUCUGCUUCAUACUGCCGACGUUGAACAAACUCCGUGGUGUGACUGGUGGAUGGGUUACCUUAACUAUCAAAUCGAACACCAUCUAUUUCCGACUAUGCCACAAUUUCGACAGCCUCGCAUCAAGGACAGAGUGAAGGCCUUGGCAAAGAAACACAACCUGCCGUAUCACGUCUAUUCGUAUCGAGAAGCGGUCGAGAAAACGUUUAGAAAUAUGUCCAAUGUUUCGAAUGAUUUGAGUAAAAUGUAGGAGUUGAUUGUAAUCGUGGAAUGUAUUUCGUAAUGUAUAUAAUACCAUACCGUUGUUGUAUUGAAGAGAAAAAC